AUGGCAGAAUUCCCGAUUCUCGAUCUCCCUUCAGAGGUCCAAGCAUUAGUGGUCGAACGCGUGGCAAAUAAAUCCUUCCAAGAUCUCUAUAGACUCCGAUCUACUUGUAAGUCAAUGCGUGCGUUGGCAGACAUGCGUCAAGUGUAUGCUUGGUUUGAUAUGUUUAAAUUCCCUUGGUACGUCGGCUUGCGGAAUACGUUGUUGAGAAGAUGCUACAACUUGGGAAGCCCAAGUACUCUUUACAUCAAGGGUGUAGAGUAUUUCUACCUGUUAGACCGUCAUGAAGAAGGACUUGCUUUGAUAAAGAGAGCAGCGGAUGCCGGAUUCGAGCGAGGUUUGUAUACCUAUGCAAUGCCUCGCAAACUAUACUGGGAGGAUGAGUAG